AUGAGGAGGUCUCGCAACGCCAGUCCCACCAAGAUCGGCUCUUUCCACCCGCCCACUACCGACGCUCCGAUGCUCAGCGCCUCGUCCUCCAACAACCACUCUUUGUUUUCUUUCGGCGGCAGAAAUGGCCUACCCGAUGGCGUGACCGAUCCCGCCAGCUCGUUCGAGUUCCUUCCCUCGGUUAGCUUUGACGAUCUGCAAAGCAGCUUGGAGUCUGCCUCGACAGACUUCAAGCUGACCCAAUUCCCGUCGCCGACCGGUCAAGGGCCCAUCCUGGGGGGUAGCGCCCUCGCAGGGCACAACAUGGUGGAACGUCCCGACAUGACGCGGAAGGCCACGAGUAACCAUGCCCCUGUGCAACCCGCUAUCACCCGUUCGCGAACCGGCUCCAUUCUCCGGAGACCCAGCACCUCGAGCCGACAGGUGAGCUUGACAUCCACCGCGCCCGUGACCAACCCCGGCGUACCAAAUGCCCCAACCGCCCCGGCCGCCAUGCGCUCCCGCCGCCAGAACCACUACCCCCCGGUUUCCAAUGCCAGCAUCGCGAAGCCUCCUAGGAAGUCUACCGGAGAUGUCGAGCUCCGAGGCGAUUAUGAACCUCGCAAGCGGAGACCCAGCGUGACAUCGCUGUCAGAUAGGAAUGGACUGGAGCCUCCAUCGAGAGCUUCCGUUGAUGGCGGGGGCCGUCCCACGGGGGACUUUUUGCGGGCUCAGGCCAGUUCGCGAAGUGCCAAGGCGCGAUCUGUGCAGCCGCCCGCCAGAGCCAGCCAGGCCAUGUUGUCCCCAGAUACCAACGCCCUGUCGCUAGACCACAGCCACAUAUCGAUGGCAUUGCCUCGAUCACCAAGAGGCGCCGCCAAGGGUUCAAACCAGGUCGCUGGGAAGCGCGUGUCGGUGAUGCCUGGCGUACCCCAACUGCCACAUGCGACGGGCCUCGGCGCGAGAACCAUCAGCCCCACCGACACAAGGCGGAUGAAGCGGCUAUCGUUACACCAUUCCCAGAGCCCGGCGCCCGCUCCGGGCCUUCCAAACCCGCCGCCAUUGUCCGCCGAUGUCCGCUCCGCAUCUCGCUCUCCCUCCAUGCUUCCUCGCAAGAUCUCGACGCCCUGUUCCUCCCGGACCACGCCGGACUUGAAUCGUAAGUCGUACAGUUCUGGCCUUUCGGUCGCCUCCAAUGCCAGCCUCAGCACGACAGUACGGACAUCUACCGCAUCGGCCCAACAACGCAACUCGCAAAUUGCUAGCUCUCGGUUACCCGCGCCAAAGCCGCUCUCCACCCACAACUCGUCGAGCCAUGACGAUGACGAGCCCGCUGAGUACUCCGACCGCGGCCAAAAUAGCCGCGCUCCAGGAACAGGGCUCUUCGGAGAGGAACCUUUCGCCACCCCCGUCAAGACAGAUAGCGAAGACGCCGACAACGCCUAUGACGGCUUCGAAAGGCGGGUUCUUCUCCAGGGCGAGGCUCGAGGAACGCUCUGA